AUGUUCUUUCAGUUGGCAGUCGCAGUUGAGCGGGCCACACAACAUGAACCAAUUCACGAAAUGAACUUGGAUCACUCUCUGUGGAACGCAACGAGCAGAGCUUUCCUCCUUCAAAGGCCUGCAGAUGGAACGAAGCUGAGACGUUUCGAGCGGCUGGAACCGUCCCACCUGAUCACGCGGUUGAGCGGUUGGAGCAAAUAUGUCACGGUCUCUGUGUAUGCAGUGUUCUGUUUGGCUUGUUUUGGUCUUUCUGUACUGGGUGUGCCCACCAAAGCGCCACAGCAUCCUGAAGUUCAGAAAGGCUGUCCUGCUAGCUGGGUGAUCUACAUGGGAGUUGUCUAUGCUUUCAUAUAUUUCAGCACUGACCAGUACGUGCCGAGUUUGCCAAAGAUGGAGGCAGAUUUGGGAGGCUCGCAAUCAUUGAUGAGCGGCACAGUGCAAUUGAAUCUGGUUGUGAAAUCCGUUUUCGGGCUCCUAAGUGCAGGUUUGUCUGAUCGUAUCGGCAGACGACCGAUCGUUCUGACGUGCACCGUGUUACUAUGCCUGGCCAGCCUUUGUUGUGCCUGUGCUGUGAAGGUUGAGUGGUUUGUGGCAGCACGCAUCCUUCAGGGCAUGGGAGAAUCUGUCGAGCCUGUGGUGUUUGCGAUGGCCCGAGUUUUUUUUGCCGACCCGGAGACACGUUUCAGGGUCAUCACGGCAGAACAAAUGAUGGCCUUCGUUGGAAUUGCUGCCGCCCCUAUGUAUGGAGGCUUGUGCGCAGAAUUCCUGAAUUGGCGCCUUUGUUUCAUCGGCUUGUCAGUUGUAUGGGGACUGCUCGCCACAUAUGCUGGCUUUUCGAUGGUGGAGUGCAGUCCGGACGUCGAGCAGAAGGGCUAUUUGAAGGACGUGGCGCGGAUACUAGAUCGACACUUCCUUUCUUUGUUGCUGACAGAGGGUUGCAUCAUGGGAGCAUAUUUCAUCUUCAACGCCAACAGCAGCUAUCUGACAGAAACGACCUUUGGCCAGUCUGUCAUGACUUCGUCUGCUGUCAUGAUGGUGUUCGGAGCCCUCUGUGGGGUCGGUGCGUUGAUCUUCGAGCGGCUCCAGUUGGGAAGUGUCCUUCGAAUGGGGCAGAUCGCCAUGUCCCUCCUAGCUGUUUCUGGAAUGGUAGCCUUCAUUCUGGGGUUGCUGUUUUCCGAUUACUUAUGGUCGUAUUUGACUGGCUCGUUCAUGCAGGCAUGCGUGCUGAUGAUGGCCUUGGUUUCCACAAAUGUUUUGUUCUUUGAACCGUUAGAAGAUGUUGCCGGCAUGGCUGCUUCUUUCGAGAUUGUGGCGCAGAGUGUCCUCCCUUGCGUGCUGUCUGCGUUCGCCACGCAGUCGAUGAUCCGAGUGGGCCCCCUAGGACUGACUCUCUGGCAGGCUGGCGCAUGCGUGGCCGGAGGGCUGGUGUUCUGGCUAGGCUACGGCUGCUGCCCCCCGGCCUGGACGCAGGGAAACGCCAGUGCAGCCAGCGCAGCCGGGCCGGAGUCCUUGAAGUCAUGCGAAAACGGUGCGACUGCCUGGACGCAGGACACACCGAAUGCGCCGGAGUGCAUGAAGUCAUGA